AUGUCCGUUUGGAUUCCAAUUAUUGCAGUAACGGCGUUCUGGCUGCUGGUUGGAGCUGGAGGACCAUUCUUGGUGCCUAGUGGACCUAAUAAAGGUGAGUAAUAUUUUUCAUAGCUUUUGCUUUUCGAUUUUUAGGUAAAUCAUGUUAUUCAUGAGAGGUGGAUGGAGAAAAAGGCGAUUUUGUCGGGAUUAGCGGCUUUUUUCUGGCUUGUUAUUUAAACUCAAGCAUUGUGUUACUUUUUAGAGGGUAAAAUACGUACAAUCGUCAGUAUGCGACGCCAAUUCAUUAGUUUCUCCAAGGUUAACAUAUCAGAUACCUAAAUCAAUAUAAUUAUCGUUCUAAACAGCCGCCUCGCUAAGCCAAUCCUUUCCAGGUAUCAUCCAGACCAUGAUCGUCCUAACAGCGGUAUGUUGUCACCUGUUUUGGAUCAUCGUCUACAUGCACCAACUGAAUCCCCUGAUCGGCCCUCAGAUCCCCGUCAAGACCAUCUGGUGGAUCUCGCAGCAAUGGGGAGAUGCGCCGAAAUUGAUCGACUAG